AUGAGAAUUAUCUGCUUACUCUGUGUGUGUCUUUUGAUGCUGGGGGAUUUCUUGGAAGCCAAGUUUGAUGAUUUUGAAGAUGGAGAUGAUAUGGUAGAGUAUGAUGAUAAUGACUUUGCCGAAUUUGAGGAUGUGAUGGAAGAUGUUGUCACAGAGCCUCCUCAGCGAGUUAUCACCACUGAGGAAGAUGAAGAGGAAGCCACUGUAGAGCUGGAAGGGCCAGAUGACAAUCCAGAGGACUUUGAAGAUGCAGAUCCUCAGGAGGGGGAUACUGAGAAUGAACCAUAUGAUGAUGAGGAGUUUGAAGGUUUUGAAGAGAAACCAGAUAUGUCUUCCAGUAAAAGCAAAGACCCUAUAACAAUUGUUGAUGUCCCUGCUCAUCUCCAAAAUAGCUGGGAAAGUUAUUAUAUGGAGAUUUUGAUGGUAACAGGCCUGCUUGCCUACAUCAUGAAUUAUAUUAUUGGAAAGAAUAAAAACAAUCGUCUGGCUCAGGCCUGGUUCAACACCCACAGAGAGCUUCUGGAAAGCAACUUCACUCUUGUCGGGGAUGAUGGAACCAGCAAGGAAGCUACAAGCACAGGGAAGUUAAACCAGGAGAAUGAGCACAUCUAUAACCUCUGGUGUUCAGGCCGAGUAUGCUGUGAGGGCAUGCUUAUACAGCUGAAGUUUCUCAAGAGACAAGAUCUCCUGAAUGUCCUGGCUCGAAUGAUGAGGCCAACCUGUGAUCAAGUACAAAUAAAAGUAACAAUGAAUGAUGAAGAUAUGGAUACAUAUGUUUUUGCUGUUGGUACACGGAGAGCCUUGGUACGAUUACAGAAGGAGAUGCAAGAUCUGUGUGAAUUUUGCAGUGACAAGCCCAAAUCUGGAACAAAGUAUGGGCUUCCAGACUCCCUGGCCAUCUUGUCAGAAAUGGGAGAAGUCACAGAGGGAAUGAUGGAUACAAAGAUGAUACACUUUCUGACACACUAUGCUGACAAGAUUGAAUCAGUCCAUUUUUCAGACCAGUUCUCCGGUCCAAAAGUCAUGCAAGAGGAAGGCCAGCCUUUAAAGCUGCCGGACACCAAGAGGACACUAUUGUUUACAUUUAAUGUGCCUGGCUUAGGUAACACUUCCCCAAAGGAUAUGGAGGCUUUGCUGCCCCUGAUGAACAUGGUGAUUUAUUCUAUUGAUAAAGCCAAAAAGUUUCGACUUAAUCGAGAAGGCAGACAAAAAGCUGAUAAGAACCGGGCUCGAGUAGAAGAGAAUUUCCUGAAGCUGACACAUGUGCAGAGGCAGGAAGCUGCACAGUCUCGCCGGGAAGAGAAAAAGAGGGCGGAAAAGGAACGGAUCAUGAAUGAGGAAGAUCCUGAAAAACAGCGCAGGCUAGAGGAAGCUGCCUUGAGACGUGAACAGAAGAAGCUAGAGAAGAAACAACUGAAAAUGAAACAAAUCAAAGUGAAAUCCAUGUAAAGUGGAAGGAGCUGGCUGAUUCCACUUAUAAGCUCUGAAUUCACAGGGUACCAAAAAAGUCCAUUUCUCACUUCAAACACUCAUCACUUGGGAAAUCUUCAUUGUAACAUCAGCAUUAUUUAUUGGUUUAGAGUUUUACAAAGUAUGUGUAUAAGUUUGAAGGGCUCUAUUUCAAAAAACUUUUUCCAGGUAACCAAAUUGUUUUGACUAUUUUUUUAAAAGAAAUAAUAGCUCAAAUCUGUGAUUUUUUUAUUUUUAUUUUUAAAUUGUAAAAUGAAUCAUCAGUGCCAGUCACAUUUCAGUACUUCUUGUUUUUAAGAUAUUUGGUGUCUACAAGCAAAAUCCUUGUUGCUUGUGGGCAAUAGAAAUAGCUAGAGAAGCACUCUAAAACCACGAUUUCCCAAAUGACUUGAAAUUGCACAAUAAACAUUGCUUGGUGUCACUUUCUGUGUUUCCAUUAAGCUUGUUAAGGAGUACAAUUUAGAGCACUAUUGCUAUGAUCUUGAAUUUUCAGGAACUCAGAAUUAAUGUACUUUGAUUUCUAAUCUGUAGGUGGGAAAUGCUGAUGACAGUAUUAUGGAAUAUCAUGUUAUUUAGGAUACUUGUAUGAUUUAAAAAAAUUCUUGGUAGAUGAAAUAUCAGGGAUAGGUAGUAGUACAGGAGCAGUUUUCCUCCUUACCUGGUGCCAUGUGCUCAUCAAAAAGUGAAUGCUGUAUUUUAAAUAGUUGUGUGUACUUCUUUUUGUUGAUUAAGACAUGAUAAAUGAACAGCUUCACCUUGGGCACUUCAGUGGGGCUCUCAAAUUCUGUGAAAAAGUUAAUUCUUAAAAUGUUUUCUUUCUUGGUUGCUGCUGCCUGUCAAAUGUUUACUGAAAAUCUCUUCUAGAAGGUGGCUAUGCACCUUGAUUUUCUUUCUGAUUAUCCGCCCUUCUCCUACUUGAAAUCAGGCAGAUCCUUUGG